AUCCGCCGCCAUCUUUGGCAGUGGAGAGGUGUGCAGCAUCCUCACCGGUUCAUUGGCCCGUUUUCCUCGAACUUAGUUCAUCACAGAGACGGUGCAGCUCCAGCAUGGCGAACCGAAACCUGCAGCAUGCGAACAUGCAAAGCAGCAGCUCUCCACAGCCCCCGAAACGCGAGCCCGACUCCCCGGCUGCGGAGCAGUCGCCACCGGGGAACAAAGACAGCCCCGCGCCGCCGACUCCUCCGCAGCAGCCGCAGCAGCAGCAGGAGAAGUCCCCUGCGGCCGAGCCAGCGGAAAGAGACGGCGAGGGAAGCGGAGACAGACCCGCAGAGAUGACCCUGGACAUAACGAGCUUUCGGAAGCCCGGAGAGAAGACGUUCACCCAGAGGUGUCGCCUCUUCGUCGGGAACCUGCCGCUCGAUAUCCCGGAGGAGGAGUUCACGGACAUGUUCGCUAAAUACGGCAAAGUUAACGAGGUGUUCAUCAACAGGGAGCGGGGCUUCGGCUUCGUCCGCCUGGAAACCAGGACGUUGGCAGAGAUCGCUAAAGCUGAGCUGGACGGGACCAUUUUGAAUAAUCGCCCAAUCAGGAUCCGCUUUGCUACACAUGGUGCCGCUCUCACAGUCCGCAACCUGCUGCCAGCCGUGACGAAUGAGCUGUUGGAACAGGCGUUCUCUCAGUUUGGGCCAGUCGAACGAGCCAUUGUCGUGACAGAUGACCGUGGGCGUCCCACAGGGAGAGGCAUUGUGGAGUUUGCCAACAAAGCAGCUGCACGUAAAGCCCUGGAGCGCUGCACUGAGGGAGCACUGCUGCUGACCACAACGCCUUGUCCAGCCAUUGUGGAGCCCUCAGACCACUUUGAUGAUGAGGAAGGAUUCCCUGAGAAGCUGCUGCAGAAGACUCCACGUUACCACAAGGAACGGGAGCAGCUGCCACAUUUUGCCCAGCCCGGUACGUUUGAGUUUGAAUACUCGUCCCGCUGGAAAGCUCUUGAUGAGAUGGAGAAGCAGCAGAGAGAGCAGGUGGACAGGAACAUUAAAGAAGCCAAAGAGAAACUGGAGGCUGAGCUGGAGUCGGCCAAACAUGAGCAUCAGCUCAUGUUAAUGAGACAUGAUCUAAUGAGACGUCAGGAGGAGCUGAGGAGACUGGAGGAGCUUCGUAACCAGGAGCUGCAGAGACGAAAGCAGAUAGAUAUGAGACAUGAGGAGGAGAGGAGGAGGCGAGAGGAGGAGAUAAUGCGACACAGAGAACAGGAGGACCUGAGACGCCAACCAGAUGGCUUCAAACCAAACUACCUGGAUAAUAGAGAACAGGAAAUGAGAGUGGGUGAGCUGGGCCCUCGUGGAGCCAUUAAUAUGGGAGAUGGCUUUAACCAGGCCCCUGCAGGGCCCGGUGGUAACCAGGGUCAGAUGAUGGGCAUGAGUGGAAGGGGAGGAGCCAUUGGCGGAGAGGGAACUGCUAAUAUGGGCACACCAUUGAUGUCAGAGAAUGGAGCCAUGCGAAACGAUAGAUACCCGCAGGGUGGACCAAUGGGGGGCCGACCAGACGUGGAGUCCCCAAAACAACAACAGCAGCAGCAACAACAACAACAACAACAACAACAGCCACAGCAGCCAUUGGCCCCCCAAGUUGUACCAGCUCCAGGAUUUGGCAGGGGGAGUCCAGUAGGGGGAGUCUUUGAUGGGCCUAAUAACAAGCGCCGCAGAUACUAACUUGACAGUAUUUUCAUGGGACUUUUGAUACUGACCCUCUUCUUGUUUUGUUUUUUUACCUAGUUUUUGUUACUGUUCUCCCUCUCGCUUGGAUAUGUUCAAUUGAAAAGAGCAUUUUUUAAAAUCUGUUUUGUUUUUUGGAGGUCUAGUGUGUAGGGUUUAGGAGAUAUAUUGGCAGAUGUUGAAUAUAUAACAGUAAAUAUGUUCCCUUAGAAUAAACCAUUAAUAUCUACGAUGGUAGCAGGUUAACUUCCAUGGAGCCAUGUCUCUUUGGCUCUAGUUGCCCUGAACGGAGAAACAAAACACUGGCUUCAGACGGGGCCUUGUGAAAUUUGAGGACAGCUCCAGGCAGCUAUAUGUUCUCCUACACACUAAGUAGGGGAGGGGUCAGGCAUGGGAUAUUCAGUUGGUUGCAAUGUGCUACUUCACCACUAGCUAUCACUAAAUCCUACACACUGUACCUAUACGUUUUUCUGCAACAAAUGUUUUAUAGUACUAGUAGAAUUUGCAGGCAGAUAUUUUUGAAGUUGCUAUGGCUGCUGUUGUGCUGGAUAGACUUUAUGAAGCUGCCCUGUGGGAGCGUUGAACUGUUAAAAGAUAAAGAUUGGACUUUGUUUAACAUCAAGACCAGACUAAUGACGUUUAAAAAAAAAUGGUACUGGCAGUAAACCAUCUUAAAAAGCCAUAUAAUGCCUUACUUCAUUCUUGUUGGAUUUGGUUGUUGUCUCCCUGUAAACAUACUCGGAACUUAUUUAAUGUUGGAUCACAGUGGGGGAAAUGUGUGGCUUUAGUGCAACCUGUACUUGACGGUCAAGAGAAAUAAAUCAUUUGUAGGAAGUCUUGUGUCUUUGUGGUUUUAAAGACUUCUCCCUCCCAUUUACUAAACUCCCCUGUCAGGUUUGCAUGUUAGGUACAAUUGUUGACAAUAAAAUACAAUACAAAUAU